UUUUCAGUUGCACACUAAAGCUCUCCUCCUUCCAAUCUGCGGCGCAAGAAUCCUGCAGAAAAUGGCGAUUGUCAUGUGACAUUCGGGAGCCUUCUGCGUAAAACCUCCUUUUUGGCGUCCUAUCGCUGGAGAAUUCGCAAGGGGCGCUUUCCUGAGGCUCUUUGGCGCGCAGUUCCUUACUGCAACACAUGGUGCAAUCUGCAGCGUUCUGCUUUAAGAUCCUCCAGGUACAGAGCACGCGUGGUGCAGAUUGUAGCACUUAUGCCUGAAACAUUCCUGAGAUGGGCCGUGAUCACUAGUCUACAAUGUGAAGGAUGCCCAAUUGGGCAUGACAAGCCCGCAAUCAAUUGACUUGGGUUACUGAAAGAAGGUGACCGCCACCUCCCGACCCUCUCAGCAUGAUCAGAAUGUGAAGGCAAAGAAGUAUUUUUCCUCUUUCAUUGGAUUUCCUUAGGGCAGCAAAGAGGGCUCAGCACAAUUCAAAGCUCCCUCUUCAGCUCUAGACUUAGUACAAGCCUCAGCACUCUGUGAGCUGCGGGGUGCUGUAGGCCACACUCGAAUCACAAUUCGGAUCAGCUUCAAUUACCGUGGUGGUUUGAAAUAGAUCGCGCCUAGAGCUUGCACCAUGCUAGAGGUCAGCCUAGUCUUUGCGCCGCCCGCUCAAGCUGCCAGCAUCGAGGAUGCCGAGCUUGGGUGAGGCUCGGCAGGCCGCCGACGUUAUCUUCCUGGGAAUCAACCUGAGCAAGCGCUCAAAGGCGGCCCAGCUUGGGAUCUGCACGGGGGGGUUCUUUGUGGCGUACCUGAUUGAUGGGGUAGCGGAGGAGUUCGUCUAUGCCAGGGCGGGUUUCAGUUAUGGCUGGUACUUCACGCUCGUCCAAAGCUUCGUCUACAUCCUCCUCAUGACCCUGAACGGAUUUCGCCCCAAGGACUGCGUUAACCCAUGGACGACUUACGUCAAAAUAGCUGGGAUGCUCAUGGCGUCAACGGGGCUUUCCAGGGGAUCCCUCGCUUACCUCAACUACCCCGCCCAAGUCAUGUUCAAGAGCACAAAGGUCAUCCCCGUGAUGCUCCUCAGCAACUGCCUCCCGGGGAUCAAGCGCACAUAUUUGCCCCAGGACUACGUUGCCGCGCUCUCUCUAGUGCUUGGCCUCAUCGCCUUCACGCUCGCCGACGCUGCAUCCUCCCCACGCUUCCACACACUCGGCGUUGUGAUGGUGCUCACCGCUCUAGUUCUUGACGCCUUCAUGAACAACUUCACCGAGGCCAUCUUCGCAACCGCGCCGCGCACCUCCCAAACCGAGAUGCUCUACUGUACGACGAUCGUGGGGAUCCCCUUCCUGGUGGUGCCCAUGGUUGCGACUGGCGAGGCGACCAAGGCCUGGAGCGCAGGCCUGGCGCACCCCUACGUUUAUGCCGCCCUAAUCGCCGACGCGUUUGCCACAUACAUUGGGCAGCUGGCCAUCCUGUCGAUGGUGGCGUUAUUUGGAGCGGGGACCACCGCAAUGGUGACGACCCUCCGCAAGGCAGUCAGCAUCCUGCUGUCAUACGCCAUCUUCACGAAGCCCCUCCUGGGCAAACACGUGUUGGGGCUUAUUCUCAUGGGCUUUGGAAUUUUGCUGAAAGGACUUCCUCAGGAAAUUGCGCUCCCACGCAAAAGUAGAGCCCCCCAAAAAGUUCACACCGCGUUGUUGAAAUCUGAAGGGGGCACUGCGCCUCUACCGGGCUUGCAUCGCACCUCGCGACCUGCGCCGGCAUCUGACGCCGCUUACCAAGUUGUGCCAGAAGACGAUUCUGAGGCAGACUCCCAGGCGGCGCUUCACGUGACGUGAUGGUGACGCUUGCGAACCGCGUGUGUAAAUAUAAGGGGUUGCGUAGGUACGCAAGAGCAUCCGCCACUUGGGGAUUGCGAGUGGGUCGAAAUUGAGCUCCCAGGUCGAAACAAGAGGUCAAUCAAGGAGGUGCUUUCAACUGCCUGCCGCUAGCUGUCAGAAGGACAGUCGACGGAUCGACGACCCCGAAAGCUAGGGCAUGUUGGAGGGGUGCUGAAAGCGAGUACUAAUGCUGGGUUGGGUUGAGUCAGCGGCUGAACUGCCGACCCAGGUUCGUUGCGAUGUUAAAAAGGUAUUUCAGAUGUCCGGUGUUGCAUCUUGCCAACUUCUUCUGAAGCAAAACGAAUUUUUAACGUGAUGCUACAGUCCUGGCCGGACCGGUUCCCUCAUUGGCUUGAGUAUGUCUUGCAACAAUUAAGCCUGUACAU